UACUCAACUCUGAUCCCUGAUGCAUCAUAAAUGCUAUUCACUUAUCACUUAAUCACUUAUAUAUCAUCAAUAGGAAGAUUGCUAUUUUUAUGUAAACAUGUACUGCUAAACAUUAUUAUUAAAUAUGUCAGGUAAAUGAACAAAUGUUUAAACUGUAGUGUCCGUCACUGUUAUGAAGUUAAUCGGUCACACUGCUGUUGGCAGAAAGAAUUAAACUUUAAUUUUCUUAUUAGAAAAUGUAGCCGAUUCUAAAAAUAUACAGUUAUAUAUGCAUUGUUAUGUUGUUAAUAUUAUUAUUAUGAGUAUUAUUAUGAUUACGAGGUGCGGAGAAUACAUUAUACAGUUGUAAUUGGUUGUAUACAGUUGUAUGCAUUAUACAUCUUUGUAAGUGAAGGUGUUUAAAGAUCAUCUUGUUCUGGUUCUUGUUCUCUGUGGGCCUUUAUCACAGCUCUGGUUGUAAUGUCAUAUGACACGAGGAAGUCCAUAUAUGGUGCUGCCUUCAGAGCGGUUUAACCAGCACAGGGAACAGUUGGUCUCCAGUCUACUAUGGAUGAGGAGAGAGAGGAGGGGGCUCCUACCUCUAAAACCACUCUGUCUGGGGAACAUGGCCGCCAGAGCAAAGCUAAGAGCCCAGAGCAGCGGGAGAGAGCAGACUCCCCUGGACCCAGCUGUGUCUCCUUGAAGAGUGACUGGUCGAUGGAUGAUCCUAUUAACUUUAGAGAUGGAAAUCAGUCAAUUGACAAGAGAGUCCAGAAGGAGAGAGGGGACUCCCCUGGACCCAGCUGUGUCUCCUUGAAGAGCGACUGCUCUAUGGGUCAUCCUCCUGACCUUAAAGAUAGACGCUCCUCCAGAGAGGAAGGAGUCCAGAAGGAGAGAGCAGACUCCCCUGGACCCAGCUGUGUCUCCUUGAAGAGCGACCGCUCUAUGGGUCAUCCUCCUGACCUUAAAGAUAGACGCCCCUCCAGAGAGGAAGGAGUCCAGAAGGAGAGAGCGGACUCCCCUGGACCCAGCUGUGUCUCCUUGAAGAGCAACUGGUCUAUGGAUCAUCCUCCUAGACUUAAAGAUGGACGCCCCUCCAGAGAGGAGAGGCGACCACAGGAGAGGUCAAAGGUUACCAGUGCUCAGUCUGUACAGCAGCAUCAAGCAGAGCUGAUCAAGAGGGCUGAGGAGAACGCACACGCUUUUCUAGACAAGGAGCUGAAGAAGCUCUGGAGGGAUCUCUUCUCAGAUUACCCACAAUGCUCGGAGAGUCAGAGGGAGAAGGAGGAGGAGGAUGAUAAGAACGAGGAGCAGAGGAGGCGCGCCAUAGAGGGAGUGGUAGACAUCACAAAGCUCUGCCUGAUGGAGAUGAACCAGGAGGAACUGGCCGACAAGCUGGGGAGUGGAGCUGUUGCGGUCCAGUGGCAACAUGAACUCAAGGCUCAUCUGAAGAAGAAGUUCCACUGUGUGUUUGAGGGAAUCGCUAGAGCAGGAGAGCAGAGACCUCUGAAUGAGAUCUACACAGAGCUCUUCAUCACAGAGAGAGGCAGUGGAGAGGUCAACAUGGAACAUGAGGUCAGACUGAUUGAAAAGGCAUCCAGGAAGCAAGCCAACGAGGAAACACCAAUCAGAUGUGAAGACAUCUUUAAACCUCUACCUGGACAAGAUAAACCAAUCAGAACAAUAAUGACAACCGGAGUGGCCGGCAUUGGUAAAACUCUCUUAACACACAAGUUCACUCUGGACUGGGCCGAAGGCAAAGCCAACCACGACAUAGACUUCACAUUUCUCCUCACUUUCAGAGAACUGAAUUUAUUGAAAGGGAAAGAGUUUAGCUUACUGGAACUUCUUCAUCAGUUUUCUGUUGAAACCAAAGAAUCAGGAAUCUACAGAUACGACCAUGACCAAGUAGUCUUCAUCUUGGAUGGUCUGGAUGAGUGUCGACUUCCUCUGGACUUCCAGAACAACCCGAUCUGGACUGAUGUCACCGUGCCAACCUCAGUGGACGUGCUGCUGACAAACAUCAUCAGGGGAGUCCUGCUUCCCUCUGCCCGCAUCUGGAUAACCACACGCCCUGCCGCAGCCAACCAGAUCCCUGCUGAGUGUGUUGACAUGGUGACCGAGGUGGGAGGGUUCACCGACCCACAGAAGGAGGAGUACUUCAGGAAGAGAUUCAGAGAGGGGACAAUGGCCACCACAAUCAUCUCUCACGUCAAGAAAUCUCGAAGCCUCCACAUCAUGUGUCACAUCCCAGUCUUCUGUUGGAUCACUGCUACAGUUCUAGUGGACUUCUUCAAAACAUCCCAGAGAGGAGAAGAGGUGCCCAAGACCGUGACUCAGAUGUACAGCCACUUCCUGAGGGUUCAGUCCAUACAGGGGGACAGGAAGUAUCAUGGGCGAGCUGAAACCGAUCCACAAUGGAGUUCGGAGAGCAGGGAGAUCAUUGUUUCUCUGGGGAAACUGGCUUUUAACCAGCUGGAGAAAGGCCAGCUGAUCUUCUACGAGGCAGACUUGGCAGAGUGUGACAUCGAUAUCAGAGCAGCCUCAGUUUACUCAGGAGUGUUCACCCAGAUCUUUAAAGAGGAGUGUGGACUGCACCAGGACAGGAUGUUCUGCUUUGUCCAUCUGAGCAUCCAGGAGUUUCUGGCUGCCCUUUAUGUCUUUCUGUCCUACAUCAACACUGGUGUCAACCUGCUCUCAGAAGAACAUCCAACCUCCAGGGAAGCUGAACUCCUCCCCCUCUACCAGAGUGCUGUGGACAAGGCCUUACAGAGUGAGAACGGACACCUGGACUUGUUCCUCCGCUUCCUCCUGGGCCUCUCUCUAGAGACCAAUCAGAUGCUCCUACAAGGUCUGCUGGGACCAAGAGGAAGUAAAUUACUGGGCAAUCUAACAAAGAACGUUCAAUCGGGGCAGACAGGAAGGAGGUCACAAAUCAAUAACCAAAUAGUCCAUUACAUCAAGGAGAAAAUAGGUGGAGAUCUCUCUCAAGAGAGAAGCAUCAAUCUGUUCCACUGUCUGAAUGAGCUGAAUGACAGUUCUCUAGUGGAGGAGAUCCAACAGUACCUGUCAUCAGGAAGUCUCUCCACUGAAUCUCUCUCCUCUGCUCAGUGGUCGGCUCUGGUCUUCAUCGUACUGACAUCAGAAGAGCAGCUGGACGUGUUUUACCUGAGGAAAUACUCUGCUUCUGACGAGGGUCUUCUGGGGCUGCUGCCAUUGGUCAAAGCCUCCAAAACAUCUCUGCUGAACAGCUGUCAUCUGUCAAAGAGAUGCUGUAAAGCUCUGGCCUCAGUUCUCAGCUCCAACUCCUCUAGUCUGAGAGAGCUCGACCUGAGUUCCAAUGAACUGAAGGAUUCAGGAGUGAAGCUGCUCUCUGCUGGACUGGGGAGUCCACACUGUACACUGGAAACUCUCAGGCUGAAUUUCUGUGAUCUGUCAAAGGGAUGCUGUGAAGCUCUGGCCUCAGCUCUCAGCUCCAACUCCUCGAGUCUGAGAGAGCUGGACCUGAGUUCCAAUCGUCUGCAGGAUUCAGGAGUGGAGCUGCUCUCUGCUGGACUGGGGAGUCCACACUGUACACUGGAAACUCUCAGGCUGAUUGGCUGUCAUCUGUCAGAGCGAUGCUGUGAAGCUCUGGCCUCAGUUCUCAGCUCCAAAUCCUCUGGUCUGAGAGGGCUGGACCUGAGUACCAAUGAUCUGCAGGAUUCAGGAGUGAAGCUGCUCUCUGCUGAACUGGGGAGUCCACACUGUACACUGGAAACUCUCAGGCUGACUGGCUGUCAUCUGUCAGAGAGAUGCUGUGAAGCUCUGGCCUCAGUUCUCAGCUCCAACUCCUCUAGUCUGAAAGAGCUGGACCUGAGUACCAACGAUCUGCAGGAUUCAGGAGUGAAGCUGCUCUCUGCUGGACUGGGGAGUCCACACUGUACACUGGAAACUCUCAGGUUGUCUGGCUGCCUGGUCACACAGGAAGGCUGUGCUUCUCUGGCCUCCGCUCUGAGCUCCAACCCCUCCCAUCUGACAGAGCUGGACCUGAGCUACAAUCACCCAGGAGACUCAGGAGCUGCGCUGCUCUCUGCUGGACUGGAGGAUCCACGCUGGAGACUGGACACUCUCAGUGUGGAGCACGGUGGAGUGUGGAGGCUGAAACCAGCUCUAAAGAAGUAUGCCUGUGAACUCACACUGGACCCAAACACAGCCCACAGAGUACUCUCUCUGUCUGAGGACAGCAGGAAGGUGACGCGGGUUAAAGAGGACCAGUCGUAUCCGGAUCACCCAGAGAGGUUUGACGCCUGCCCCCAGGUGUUGGGUAGAGAGGGUCUGCCUGGCCGCUGCUACUGGGAGGUAGAGUGGGGAGGACGGGUUGUUAUAGGAGUGGUAUACAGAGGAAUGACAAGGAGAGGAGUGAGUACUGACAGCAGGCUUGGAUUGAACAACAAGUCCUGGAGUCUUGAAUGUUAUGACGACGAUGACGCUGCUCCCUACACUGCCCGUCACAACGGUAGUAGAACAACCAUACGUCUCCCCCCCCCUCACUCUAACAGAGUAGGGGUGUAUCUGGACCGGCCCGCUGGCUCUCUGUCCUUCUACAGAGUGUCCCCAGGUGGAGGAGGGUCCUCAGACACACUGGCACUCAUCCACACCUUCCAGGCCUCCUUCACCCAGGAGGUCCUCCUCCCUGGGUUUAUGUUGUAUAAGAGUGGUUCCUCAGCGUCUCUGUGAGUGUCCAUUGUAGACACACAAACACACAAAAAGACACAUGGAAAAGCACGCACAUGUAAACAGUCAUAAACACACCCAAACCUACAAACACAUAUGUACAUAGAAAUUAACACACACGCACACACAAACAAACACAUCGUUCAUGACUCUAUAAACACACACAAGCACACACAAACAAACACAUCGCACUCUAUAAAUACACACACACACACGUACACAGGCUUAUUUACACACACACACACACACACACACACACACACACACACACACACACACACACACACACACACACACACACACACACACACACACACACACACACACACACACACACACACACACGUACACAGACUUAUUUACACAGACAUGCACUCACACACACACAUCCUUCAUGGAUCUAAACCCACAUCAGGUCUGUGUGCCGGUGGUAAGCAGCAGGUAACAUCAGUGUCUCUCGUGGUUCAUCUCUCAGCCCUCUCUGUGUUCAGCUGGGCUGCUGAGCGUCAGAUUAGAGGGGGCCGCUUGGGUCUGGGAGGUCCUCACAGUCCUGACGUUGUUAAGGACCAGCUGUUAGGGGGACGUUUGAAUACCUGUGGACCCAUGGACGUACCUGUAGUGCAUCGGGUUGUUGAGCAGCAGCUGUUGGUGCUCUGAGGGGUCAACCCGUUCAGUGGAAGUACAACACUUUGUGAUUGAUUUAAAUACUCCACUGAACUCCAAAUGCUGCAUUUUAUUGGGCUUCUGGAAGGUUCAGCAUAAACCAUGAAAGGAAGAUCUUCCUUUGGGUUAAGGAGGUUGUACAAAGAUUUACUUUCUAAUGUAAAAUAUGUUUUAAAUGUUUAUUGAGUGUUAUUUUACUACAUUAUUUUAUAUAUUUUCAACAUCGUUUUAAAGGAAUCCAAAAUCAGUUUAUAUUUUGCCAUGCCUGACAUGGAACGUGAUUUAAAGCAGAUUUAACAACAUAAUCAUGAAUGAUGAUAAGAGUUCUAUGGGAAAGGGUAACAAUGUUGUAAAUUACUUUCAACGGAUGAUCGUUUCUUUGUGUUCUGUUGGGAACAAGUCAACAUGUUCAGUCAUUAAAGAUGUCUUCUGAUUUGUAAUUGUUCAUAAAUCAUAAUGUUAAUAAACUACUCAGUGCGUCAAAUGAACGUUCUCGUGUGUUCAGACGAUUCUUCCCGUUAGUUCAGUUUAAAUCCUCCAAGUCUUCUGGAGACGUUACCUCCAACACAACAGUGGGGUCUCCAUUCACCCCUUCAUCAGUGUGGAGGGAGGAUAUUACCACACACAACAGUGGAGUCUCCAUUCACCCCUUCAUCAGUGUGGAGGGAGGAUAUUACCACACACACAACAGUGGAGUCUCCA